AUAAAAUUCUAAGAUCAUAUCAGUGAAAACGAGUGGCUCUCUUGUUAACCCCAUUUUUUCAUUAAUAACAGAAAGACAAAAAAAAAAAACAUGGCCCUAGAAACUGUACAUCAUGAAGGCAGCAAUGACAAACACUAUCACCCUUUCUAGCUCAACAUUUUGGCACCACUACACAAAACCCAUUUCAAGAAUCAACCUGAAUUCCAAAAUUAGAGCAUCAUUAUCUACCUCAGCCAACAUGGCAACUGGCACAACUACAAAGGUAGCUCCAGCAAUUAUAGUUGGAGGUGGACGUGUAGGAAGAACUUUACAAGAUUUGGGUAAUGGAGAUGAUGUUUUGGUUAAAAGGGGUGAACCUGUACCUAUUGAUUUUGAAGGUCCAAUAUUGGUUUGCACUAGAAAUGAUGAUCUUGAAGCUGUACUUGAAGCUACUCCUAAAUCUCGUAGGAGCGAUUUGGUAUUUUUCCAGAAUGGGAUGCUGGAGCCUUGGUUCCAAAGUAAAGGCCUCAGAGAUGCAGACCAAGUUUUGGCAUAUUUUGCAGUAUCAAAGCUUGGUGAACCCCCAACUGAUGGGAAAACUGAUACAAAUCCAGAAGGAUUGACUGCCGCUUAUGGAAAAUGGGCAUCUGCAGUGGCUGCAAGAUUGCAUGCUGGAGGACUCUCUUGCAAGGUACUUGAUAAGGAGCCUUUUCAGAAGCAAAUGCUGGAGAAGCUUAUAUGGAUAUGUGCUUUCAUGCUGGUUGGAGCUCGCCAUCCUGGAGCAACAGUAGGAGCUGUUGAAAAAGAGUACCGCUCUGAGGUGUCUAAACUGAUUGCUGAGCUUGCGGCUGCAGCUGCUGCAGAGAAAGGCCUAGUUUUUGAGGAUGCCAUGGAGGAUAGGCUCUGCGCUUACUCACGAGCAGUUGCGCACUUUCCAACAGCUGUCAAGGAGUUCAAAUGGAGAAACGGGUGGUUUUAUUCACUCUCUGAGAAGGCUAUUGCAGAAGGGAAACCGGAUCCAUGCCCAUUACAUACUGCAUGGCUUAAAGAACUAAAAAUAGUCUAAGAUAUAACUGUUACUUGAUAUAUUAUGAUGGUUGAGGCCCUCUACUUGUCUUUUGGAGGUUGUAUAUGAGAGCUGCUGUAUCAAUUCACUGUAAUGUAAAAGUCGUCCUCGUUAUUUCUGGCU